CCUAAGGCUCGCCACAAUGCCCUCGCGCUCACCGCCCACCAGACCGGGCCUUGUGUUUCUUUCGGCAGAAAAAAGAUGCGGCGUUCGACGGUUCUCAGUGUCUGGUUUUACGUCGUUCAUCCUCGACUGCACAGUUGUUCGUGGAGUUAUCCUGUGUACCUGUUCAGUUUUGCUCCUGAACCUCGCCAUUCGAUCAAUCUGAACCCCAGCGGAAUCUCCUCUUCCCUGGCCAUGAGUGCCCCGAAUUCGUCCUAAAACCCAUCUAGCCCAGGGCUUCCCCGAAGUGCCAGCAUUAAUUCUCCAUUACCUACCUUCUCUUCCUGGGGAUACCGACAAAAUAACCGCUCCAUUGAAAACAUACCUUCAGAAUGUCUUUCCGAACGAAGCUUUUCACCUUGCGGUACAGCCCAAAUCAUAUAACUCCGCCCGUCGCAGGCCGAUACCUGAGCUCCCAAUUCAACUGUCUUCAACCGAAGAUUGCCCAUAUGUACAAAAACCGUGAUCGAUCUGUACUAUGGUGGAUGGUCUCAGCGCAUAACCUGGUUUCACACAAGCGGGUGGUGAGAACAUGGCUGGCGCGGCGGAUGCGCGCCGCGUUUCAGCAGGCGUUGAAAGAGCACGGUUUCAAUUCCCAAGGCAAGAGACUUGCACCUCCACCUCUAAGGAGACAGGGCGGGCGAGACUUUGGUGAUCUGACCGGCACCGUGGAGAUCUCAAUCAAUCCGCGUAGUCUCCGGGAGGAUUUAUCUCAGUUGGAUAAGAGUAUGGCAGUGACACUGGGUACGAUACUACGCCAUCGGCAGGAAGAGGCCAAAACGCCAGUUGCUGGGGGUGCAGCAGUUGGGAAAAAGUGGGCGCAAGCUGCUCGUCGGUAGAUGCAGGCUCAUCCUCUUUUCACAUUUAUUCUUGUACAAUAACGUUUCUUUCAGGGUUCGCUGUAUAUUAUGGGUUCACGGGGCGAUAUGGGGGUUGGGCGCAUGAGAUGCAUUGCGUGGUGUUUAUAUUUAUAGACCAUAGAUAGACAUGUACAUAACAGAAUCAGGCACACUCUCGACUUCACAUCCGGAGAAAAGAUGAAACAAAAACCCAACGCAACAGCGAAUGAUGCGCAGGGCUUGUCGUACGUGUAGUUUCCCACUGGGGGAAUCCACGCGGCACUGCCUCCUUGGCGCCUUC